AUGGACGGAUCUUUGUUUGAAUUCGAUACUCAAGCAUUGAAAAUGAACAAAUUCUUUAUCUCGCACAGUUCAUUAAUUCAUUGUGUUGGAAGUGGAAUCAUGUCAACCUGUUGGUUAGUUCAGACAAUUGAUGGAACUAUUUAUGAAAAAGAAGUUGAUACUGAAGCAUUCGACAUCGGAUUCCCACUUCCUGAUUACCAAGUGAAACAAUUUUCUUGUUGCUCAAAUGGUACAGCCCAAUUCAUUCUCUUAAAAAACAAUAGAUUGUUCAUUAGAAAUAUUGGAUUUGGAUUUAUGAACGAAGGAAACGCGUACCAAACGAAAGAGCUUAAAUUAUCGUUCACUUGUGAAAUCAAAAAGAUUGAUACAGGAUUUGCUCACAUUGCUCUACUAUUGGAAGAUGGCCAAAUAUUCUGUCGAGGUCUAAAUUCUAGUAAUCAAUGUGGAUUAUCGGUUGGAGCGUCUGGUCCAGUAAAAGAAUUUCAACGUAUUCAAAUUGAGGGGCCAUUCAAAGAUGUGUACUGUACUAGUGUGUCAACUGGUGUAAAAACGGAUACUCAUUUUUGUAUUGCUCAAAUUCCACAAGAAGCAAUUAAUGAUGAACAGGAAAUUAUUGUAUGUGGUCCUUGGCAUGGCUAUAUCUAUAGAAAAACUUUCACAGUUGCUAAAUCUCCAGAAGAAAUAUUUUUCUUUUCACUACUUAGACGUCAAUUGAGUAAUUCAACAUUUUACGAUCUUUCAUUCAUAACAUUCUGA